CCCUAGUAAUGUCCCGAUUGGCCAAGAGCUCGUAGCUUUCUUCGAUUGGUCUGGUCACUCUGGGGAAGGGGGCGGGGAUUAUCACUAAGGCGGGAACCCAAGUGUUCCUUUCAUUGCCAGGCGCGGCGGCUCAGGUGCCGUGAGCAUCUCACACCAUGGCAGUUCCUGAGACCCGUCCCAACCACACUAUUUAUAUCAACAAUCUCAAUGAGAAGAUCAAGAAGGAUGAGCUCAAGAAGUCCCUGUAUGCCAUCUUCUCCCAGUUUGGCCAGAUCCUGGAUAUUCUGGUGUCUCGGAGCCUGAAGAUGAGGGGCCAGGCCUUUGUCAUCUUCAAGGAGGUCAGCAGCGCCACUAAUGCCCUGCGUUCCAUGCAGGGGUUCCCCUUCUACGACAAGCCCAUGCGCAUCCAGUAUGCCAAGACUGACUCGGACAUCAUUGCCAAGAUGAAGGGCACCUUUGUGGAAAGGGACCGCAAACGAGAGAAGAGGAAGCCCAAAAGUCAGGAGACACCAGCUGCCAAAAAGGCUGUUCAGGGUGGGGCAGCUGCCCCCGUGGUGGGCGCUGUUCAGCCUGUACCGGGUAUGCCGCCCAUGACUCAGGCUCCCCGCAUCAUGCACCACAUGCCAGGCCAGCCUCCUUACAUGCCACCACCUGGCAUGAUCCCGCCACCGGGCCUUGCUCCUGGCCAAAUCCCCCCUGGGGCCAUGCCCCCGCAGCAGCUCAUGCCUGGACAGAUGCCGCCUGCCCAGCCUCUCUCCGAGAAUCCACCCAAUCACAUCCUGUUCCUCACCAACCUGCCUGAGGAGACCAAUGAGCUCAUGCUGUCCAUGCUUUUCAACCAGUUCCCUGGCUUCAAGGAGGUGCGUCUGGUCCCCGGGCGGCACGACAUUGCCUUUGUGGAGUUUGACAACGAAGUGCAGGCUGGGGCAGCACGAGAUGCCCUGCAAGGCUUUAAGAUCACGCAGAACAAUGCCAUGAAGAUCUCUUUUGCCAAGAAGUAGCGCCUUCCCCCACGGGGCGUCCCGGUCCCCAUUCUGGGGCUGCCCCUUACCCCCCCUUUGGCUCAGUCCCUGAAGGUAAGUCCCCCUUGGGGGCCUUCUCAGAGCCGCGUGUGAGUGUGUGGUUGCCACACAGCAUUGUACCCAGAGUCUGUCCCCAGACAUUGCACCUGGCGCUGUUAGCUUGUGAUUAAAGUGGUUUUUUUGAGGGUUGGUUUUUCACCA